AUGAUUUGCAAGGUUAAAACUCAAUCCAAUGAAGCAUUCCUCGAUGAGAAGUUACAUCAUCUGGUUGCUGACUAUCGACAACGUCUUAGAAAUGGAGGUUCCAGCUCACCUUCACCCUCACCAUCGUUGUCAAGCUCGUCCAACACAAAUUCAGCUUCACCAACUCCACCCACUCCACUCUCUCCACAUCCCUCACCUCCUCUUCCAGUUCGACCAACUGUCCUUCCCCAGCAACAACAGCAACAACACAAUGCCAUAAACAACAAUAUUUCACAAAACAACAAUCACCUCUAUCAAAAUAGAUCAUCAUCCCCUGCUUCCGAUGUCCUUUCACAUAGUUUACCCUCCUAUGGAAAACUUCCAUCCAAGCCAAUCAUAAUCAACGCCAAUAGUACCAAACACAACGAAAGCAAAUCACCACUAAUAAAUUCAAUGGGAAGUCCUGGAAGUAGUGCCAGUCAUAGCAGAAAAUCAUCUGGAGGCUUGCAAAACUCUCUUGAAAAUUCUUUCUCUCAACCAACCCAAUACUUUCCGAAUUCCGUUAUUCAACAACAUUUGCUUCAGCAACAACUCCAACAGUUACAUCAGGAACAACUUCUUCAACAAUAUCAUCCAAAUCACUCCAACAAUAAUAGUCAGAAUACUAACAAUUCUGGAAACUACUGGAAAUAUAAUCAACAUUUUCCAAAUCCAAAUCAACAACAACAACAACAACAACAACAUCAAAAUCAACAUCAUUCACAACAACAGCAACAAAGACAGCAACAACAAGUGUACCAAAAUCAACAAUUACAACAAAUCCAACAGCAACAACAACAACAUCAACAAACUCAACAUGUCCAAAAUCAACAUUAUCAGAUUCAAAUGCAACAACAACAACAACAAUUACAACAAGUUCAACAACAACAACAUCAACAAACUCAACAUAUCCAAAAUCAACAACAUCACCAGCAACAAACACAACAUUCACAACAAUUUUCCAAUUCAAAUAUUUCUAAUUAUAUACCAGCUCACACUUCAACAUUUAGUAGUAGUAGUAGUAGUAGUAAUAAUAAUAAUAAUAAUAGUAAUAAUAGUAAUAAUAGUAGCAACAAUAGUAGUAACUCCAAUUCACCAAAGUUAUAUAAUUCACAUAUAUAUAAUUAUAAUUUAUUAAAAACAUCGAAUAUACCUUAUAAAUGUACAUUAAAAUAUAUCUAUGCAAUUGGUGGACCGAACAAGCCAUCAGUUGAACGUUACUCAAUUGCACAAAACAAAUGGACGUACGUCUCCAACAUGAACAGCUUCCGAAACCGAAUAUCCGCUGUGUUUGAUGGUGGCAAGUACAUCUACGUGUUUGGUGGCGAGUUGAAGAACAGCAACGCGCCAGAAAAGACUGCCGAACGCUACAAUAUUCUCACCGAUACCUGGGAGGUGAUUCGUGACAUGCCGAAACCGCGCAGUCGCUAUGCCAUUGUCUACGACGGCCGUCGCUAUAUCUAUAUCGUCGGUGGCAAAGACAGCUGGUUUUCCGGCCAGUUGGAUCGGUUCGACACCGUCACCAUGGAAUACCACAGUCUGGCGCCAAUGAGAAACAUCCGUAGCGACUUGUCAGCCGUUUAUGACGCGCGCGGCACCGGAUACAUCUACGCGAUUGGCGGUUUCAAUGGAAAGGCGCUCGAUCUCAUCGAGGUAUACGACGUUGCAGCCGACCGCUGGGGAAAGUACCCAAAGAUGGGCAAGCAGCGUGACGGCCCGGGCGCUGUCCACGAUGGAAAGGGCAACAUCUACGUGCUGGGCGGGUCGUACGGCACCCGCAAGAUCUCCAACUCGCUCGACCGUCUCAAUGUGGACAGCGGCCAAUGGGAGCCACUCGCCGACAUGCUCAAACCGGUCGACCUCCGAAACUCGGUGGUCUACGACGGUGGCAACUCGAUCUACGUGGUCGGCGGUUACUAUUCGGAAGUUCUCAACGACGUCCACAAAUAUAAUAUAUCACAAAACACAUGGGAAUACCAACAACCAAUGAACGAGUCAAGAGAAGGCAAUGCAUUAGUAUUUGUCUCCAUAGACAUCAAUUAA